UUUGUUCAGUCUUACUAAACUGUAGUGGUUUAGGUUUGUUUUUUUUCCUCGGCUCGCGAUGAGUACAUUUACAUCGUAUCGUCGUCGUGUCUAGAAUCUUACCUACGCAUUCGUCUAUCCAAUCCAUGCGUCUUGUCAUUGAAUUUUUUUUUAAACCCAUUUGAUAUUUAUUAUUUAUUUUUUUAUUUUUUAUAAUUUAAUUUAAACCGUUUUGCUUUUUUUUUUGACAUUACUCCGGAGUCGUUAAAUUUCUUCGUUUUUUAUUUAUCUAUUAGCGAUUUCAUUAACUAACCACUAAGCUGUUAUACAAUAAUAAAUUGUCUGGUACAAUACAAAUAAAAAAACAUUAUACACUGGAGAUUGUGGAUCGCGACGUUGUAAAGUAAUAUAUUAUAUUGUUUACACUCGACCGGAAUCGAGCGGAAUUACAGAGAACAUUAUCGUUUGCCGCCAAACCGUAAAGCCAAAGAAGCGGAAACGAAUUAACGACGACGAAGACGAUAUUAUCUUCAGGUUAUAAUAUUGAACGCAACAAUACGUUUAUGGCAAUGGAGAUGUAAACAUGGGGGAACGACAAUACAUAAGAAGUCACCGACACAGUUGGUGGCCACCGAGACCGCCAUGGAUAACAUUGAUGUCGGUGUCAUUAUUAGUCAAUUUGGCGUACACUUCGAUAACCUGUGGCCCGGGUAUUAAAUCAGCUGGAGUAACCGUUCCGAGAGGCGACAUUGUCAUUGAAUACGGCACCGGAGUCCCCUUGGAAAUCACGUGCGUUUUAGAUCCCGAUAAUGAAAAAGUGCGAAACCUGUUUCGGAAUGACACCGCUGACGGCGGUGAAGCUACUACGCCGAGUCAGCGGAUCAUGUUCUACAAGAACGCCGAACGCGUGUCCAGACAGUACAUGACAAUUAUCAAUUCAACGGCGGCUCAACUGCACAUAUCCGAUCCGCCGGCUGGCCGAGAUACCUAUUAUUGCACGCUGUUACUUGACGAACAACUGCGUCCUAAUCACGACUACGAUAAUAGCAGCGAUGCACAGUUAUCCACGCAGUCUAACGAUUCGCCGACGUUUCCCACCCAGCCACCGACGAGUUUGGAAACCAGUGGACCCCCUUCGCUGGUAUCGCAAGCAUCCGAGGUCGGGGUGUGCCUCAACAGCGUUGCCGUCGGAUAUAAGCCGGCUAUAAUUACAAAUUUUUCUUGUAUAUCUGAUAAUUGGGUAAGUUUGACAUGUAAUUGGACCAAACCAGAGAACCCAAUUAAAACAUCAUACAAGUUAUUCUUCAGAUUACCUGGUCGUGCUGGGGGCAGAACUAUUAUAAAUUGUCCUAAGGAUUCAGAUUCCAGAGAUAAUACUUGUUAUUGGGAUUUCUCUACUACACCAAUAUAUAGACAACCAUACGAAUAUUAUUAUUUUACACUAAUUGGUGAUAACAUAUUGGGAAACUCGACUACAACUAUUCGUUUUCAUCAUUAUGCCAAUGUUAUCCCCGCAAGCCCUAUUAAUAUUACAGUGGUAGAUAAAACUCAAUCUAGUGCCAUGCUAAGGUGGUCCGUAGGCACAAUGACAGCCUUUCCUCGAGAACUAAUUCAUAAGAUCGAAUAUAAGUCUCAAUGGGAUUCCAAUCCUGAACAUUGGCAUUCUGUAAAUGUAAGUGACGUUUGUAAUUCGUCAUCAACGUCCAAUCACACCAAUUCUUAUUCAAAUUGUCGAGAACGUGACACUGACUAUUAUUAUUUUAAUGUAACCGAUUUAAAAUACCCGUUCACGCAUUACGAUUUUCGAAUCUAUGUACGUUCUUCAGUUGCUCGUGGGGAGGACAAAUGGUCUCCUCCUGGCUGUAUAACUUUGAAAACCAAGCCUUCGAUACCUAGAAGACCUCCUCGAACUGAUGUAGGAAGUUUUGAGUGUGUAACGUCACCUGUCGAUAAAUCCAAAAGAGACGUGUUCAUUUAUUGGCAGAAUAUUGAUGACAACGAGAAAUGCGGUGAAUCAUUUGAGUAUCGUGCUUACUAUACUACCACAACUUCAGAUAAUAAAACCCUUAUUCACCGCAGUAACGAAACAUAUAAGAAUUAUGCCAAGUUUGAAGGACUCAAUACCGACAUUGGGUACAAUUUUACUGUGUAUUCAUCAAAUAAAGAAGGUUUAUCAACCGAGUAUUCAACAAUUUUUGUUCCCAACGAAUCAGACAAACUUGACGAACCGUUAUCGUUUACAAAAAUGGCAUUUGAUGAACGAGGUGUAUUUGAACUUUCGUGGAAAAAUGCUAGUAGUCAAAAAUCAUUAGCAACUAAUCAAGUUAAUGAUUAUACUAUAUUUUGGUGUGAAAAUGAUAAGGACCGUCCAUACCAGUGUAAUGGCUAUAUGAAUUGGAUGCAUAUACCAAGUUCAGAAUCUUGCUAUAAUAUUACUGUAUCAGAUCAUAUGAAAAUUUAUCAAUUUGCCAUAAGCGCUAACAGUCAAAGCACACCAAAGACUGGUGUUACUAAUGUUUAUCAACCCACUUAUACUAGUAGUGGGAUGGUAUGGGCAUCAUGUACAGUACUACAUAAUAAAAUCGUUGGAAAAAUAAAAAACGUUUGGGUAAAUAUGAUUGGCUCGACAUCUAUGGAAUUGAGAUGGAAACUCGACUGCUCUGACAGAAUAGGCGCAGUUCUAGGAUUUCGUAUAUUUUACUGUCCUGUAGUAUCCAUAAAUAAUUCUGCGUGUAAAGAACCUAUGUUAAAUAAGACUGUUAGUGGUGAGAUGGCACAAGAUAGCAGAGGAAUAGCAAGCAUUACGGAUCUCAAAUCAUAUACUACAUAUAUGGUUACCAUUGCAUUGAUCACUAAACAUGGCGAAGGGUUGCAUAGCGAUCCUUUGCUCAACACCACUUUAGAAGGAGCGCCCGAUAUUCAAAACCUUAUUAUAAAUGUCACGAGUCUGACCAAUACGACCGUCUCUCUUCAGUGGUCGCCUCCUAAAUUCACGAAUGGUAUUGUCCGUUACUAUCAUAUUUAUUAUUAUUUGGACGAUGUAUUACAGCAACAGGAUUUGAUUGAUUCAUUCGACGAACAACAGGUCAUAAAUGAACAACGUCGUGUUACAGUUCAUGACACAAAGUGUCGUCUAGAACACCUUGAGAGUUAUAGAAGCUAUACAAUUACCAUUACAGCAUGCACAACAGUUUGUUCAGAGCGCUCACUUCCUAUAAAAGUGCGAACAGCUGUAGGAUUGCCAGGAAGGGUUCCUCAACCAACAUUAAAUUACGAAAACAGCACUAGGGUAGCUGUGUCUUGGCAAAAACCCGUGAAACCGGCUGGUCCGGUGGAUUAUUAUGAAUUAAUUGUAGCGCAUCAUAGUGGGCCCACAAAUUCACAACAAACUACUACAAAUGGCGGUUCGUCUUCGCCCACCGCUUUAGCUUCCACUCAAAUACAAGAAAAUCCUAACAAUUACUACUACCGCAGCAAUUCAAACGUAUUCCGUGUGCCUGUUCCCGAUUGUAAUAAUGAACAAGAUAGGGGUCAACAAACGUUUUCAUUUGCUGUAAGAGCUGUGAAUAACAAUCCACUCGAUCCUCAUACGCCAUAUUAUGGUCAAUGGUCGACUCCUGGGUCGGUCAAUUGUGUGUUGCCAGGUCUUCCUCUAGCGCUUCAUUUAGUCAUAUGGUCAUGUUUGUUCAUCGUUUUGUCCACUGUUUCCACUUACUGGGGUAACAGACUUUGGAGAAAAUACAAAGUGAUGCAUAACGUAGAAGUAGUUCUACCACCCACGUUGAACAUCAAUUUUAAAUUUGACCAUUACAACAACUUUGGCGAAAACGUAUUGGACUCGGGUCAACAGUAUUACGUGGAGGACGGUCACAUUAUUUACGACAACGCUCCGACUGACGUUGACACCACCACUAUUGCGUUUUACAACGGAAAUUCGUCCGGUUCCAAUCGCCGCAGAAACAGCAGCGUCAAUGCCAGUGCCGAGCGUCUGCCGUCGUCCCGGUGGAGUCCCGCGACGGCUUCGACAACCAUUACGGUGGCCGACGACGACGACUCUUCGUCCAGCAAACAUCAACUCAUAAUGCCAUCGUCAUCGUUGCCAAAAACGAAGAGCGAGAGUCUUAGCGACGGCAACAGUGUAAAAAGCGAAGAAGAAGUGCUGGAGGCGAUUCAACCCACGGAACCUGUCAUGCCGUUCUUUUCGUUGCCAGCUACGCCAACGUUAACACCCGUCCCGAAGAUCGUCAAUACGACUAAUACGAGGGCGGCACUAUGCGGCAGCAGCGUCGUCGUCCACAGCGGUAACGGUUACCAAAGCACCGGUAACAGCGGUUACCAGAGUAGCGGCAAAGGUUACCAGAGCAGUGCUAAAGGUUACCAGAGCAGCGGUAAAGGUUACCAGAGCAGCGGUAAAGGUUACCAGAGCAGCGAUAAAGGUUACCAGAGUAAUGGUUAUGGUUACCGGACCAGUGGUAACGGCUACCAGGGUAGCAACAUCUGUCAGGACGUCGCGAAAAACCGAUUGGUCGGCGACAGUCGUGGCGACAGUGUUGUUGUUGCCCCUACGGCGGUCAUAAGCUGUUUUGUGGGCGACCAGCGGCAGUCAAAUGAUAAACACCUCAGUCGGUGUGGCGGUGGUAAUUCAUCGCCCACCGCUGACGGUGGAAAAGAAUUUGUAUUUCCCGCCGUGGAAUCUAUCAUUGACGAAAACCGGUCACACCCCGAACAGAAAAGUGAACUGUUGCCUUGUCGCCUCGACAAUAAACAACAAUCGCCACUGCCACGGCCGCCACAACAACAAAACCGAAACGACGGCUAUUGCGGCAAACAAAUGAUGAUCGCAGCGGCCGCCGUUGCCGGUGCCGCCACCAACAAUUUUGGCAGAGUCAACGGCUGCGAAACGACAACGUUAAGUCAACAGCAACAGCUACCGUUGCCGCCGCUACCGUCCACGCCGCCGCAACAACAAAAACUGCUGCAAUCGCCGCCCCCGCCACCCCCGUCGCCGGCGCAACAGCAACAACCGACGACUGCGACGCUUCUCGCUUCGAGCACCGCGUACGUCAUGUUGGACAUGGUGACCGCGGCGGCCGAGAAAAAGCGACUACUCCACAUGGGUGGCGGACGAAUUGACUACGGUAAACCCGUCGUCGUCGUCCAACAGCCCGCCGUAUCGGUGGACGCCAGUUGCGCUACUUCCACUGCUCAAGUAUGAAAUAAUCGCGCUCUGUCUAUAAUAUUAUUAUGUUUUAUGUCUAAUAAAAAUAAACACGUUUUUCCGGUUAGUAAGUUAUAAUAAUUACUAUUAUCAUACAUUGCAAGGCGAUUAUUAUAAUAGUUAUUGCAUAAUGUUAUCGAAUUCGAUAAAAAAAAAAUAAAAAAAAAUGACGUAAAAAUGUACAGUUCUAAGAGAUUAAAAAUAAUUCCAAAAUCCAAGUGACCACAUAGUAUUAAACGAAUGAUACCGGCUCCUCUCUGCUGUACAUAUUAUAUUAUUAUUAUUAUUAUUAUUAUUUUUUAUAAAAAUAAACCGUCACCGCCCCCCUAAGUGUACAUAAUAUUAUUGUUUACUAUAUAGUUAAUUAUAAUAAUUAUAGGUUGGUGAAUAAAUAAACAAUUAGAUAUGCACGCCUAACACACAUGAAUUUUGUGAAAAAUGCUCAAUCAUUUUUAAAAAUGUAGUGUACGUAGAUAGUAAUAAACAGACGUCUAUCAAUAUAUAAUAUUAUGUUUGACAAAUGCCGGGUUCGAUAAGUGUAAUUGUAAAAAAAAAGCGAUCGGUUAUAAUAAAAAAAAUGUUGAAUAAAUCAUGACGAAAUUAAUUUUGAAACACGUCCGAAUUGAUUGAACAAUGUGUCAGUGUUUUUUUAAAUUUAUUUUUUAAAUGUAUUUUCAUUAAUACCUUAACGUCACUGAUCAAAGCACUAAUAAUAAUAUACAAUUUAAUCAUAGUUGUAGUUGUUAUAUAAACUUAAUAACUUUCAAAACUUAUAGUGAUCAUAUUAUACCCACACUCAUAAUUAUAUGUACUGUAUAUGAGCGUGCGCAUACAAUUAUCACCUACCUUUAUUCUUAUGGACAAGUAAAAUCAUUUGUUGCGUAUAAAAAUUGGUAUUCGGUGGAGGGUCUCAAAUUUUUGUUCUACAUUAAGUUAAAUAGCGCUCAAUUAAUUGUGUUCAGUCGACGGUAUUAGUACUGUAGUAGUAGUAGUAUACACAAGCACUAAUUAUAUGAAUUUAAAUUAUACGGGGUUUUUUUUUAUUGUGAGAUUUUAUAUAAGUCUGUUGUCAACGACGGCUUUUGUUGGUCCAAUCGUUUUUUGACGAAAAGUGAGAGAAACGUAUCAGUGUGUUACACAUACAUACAUACAUACAUACAUACAUACAUACAUACAUACAUACAAAGAUACAUACAUACAUAAAAUGUGUCACUAAAGAUUUUCUUUUGUUUCGUACAUUGAAAUAUUGUGUGUUUUUUUUUAUCUUUUAAAACUUACCUAUUGUAAUUUGUAUUUCUUUAAAUGUUUAUUGUUUUAUAAUAACAUUAUAAUUUAUUUUUAUAUUUAUUUUAUUUCAAGGUACAUAUUAUAUAUAUAUAUAUAUAUAAUUCUUUUUUAUUAUUUGAAAUAAUUAGAAUAGUAUUUUGUUUUUGUUUAUACUUUAUUAUUUUAUUAUAUUGUAUUUGUAAUUUGUAUAAUAUACAUGUAAUAUUGUCAUGGUGCCAUAAAGAUUGAUAUUAAAUUUAAUAUUGUCUAUUUUUUUUUUAUAUAUAUGAUUGUUAACAUAAGAGGCUUUACAAAUUAAGUCAAUAACCUAUAAUUUAAUUUAAACAAAAAUUCUUUUUGCAAUGGUAAAAACUACUAUGGCUAAGAAUUUAUAUUUUACAAUUAUAUUUAAUUAGUAUCAUAGUUUUAACAAUAUUGUUACUGGUCUCGAAAAAAGUCUUAGAUGUAGUUAGCGCAUUAUUUUCUUUAAUUGAUUCUUCCAAAGGGGAUAGUUCAAGGUGUAUCUGGGAUAUAUGUACUUUGGGCCCCGUGUAGUGUUAUGUUAUUUAUUGAGAGAAGUUUGUUACAUCGAUCAAAAAUUAGGGUUUAUCCUUGUUUUUUUUUUAUUUAUACUUGUAUGAGGUUUGAAUGGCCAAUUAUUUCUCUAGUCGUGAUUGUAUAUUUUGUUUGACAUCAUAUAUGAGGUAAUGAAUGUUGUUAGAUUUGGUUUAUCAAAAAAAAAAACAUUUUAAUCAGAAAAGUUAUCAGUUGGAUAAUUUUGCCUAAGUCGCUUUCUAUGGAGUUACGUUGUAUUAUCUUUUUGUGUAUGCUUUGGUGUCAGUUGAAAACUUUAUUAAACAUAAAAAAGAAUGUUUUCAUUAAAUUUUCCAUAAGAAGUAUCAAAUAGGGCAGACCGGGGGUUUUAACAUGGAAUAAUGAAUAAUACAAGUUUCCGAAUUAUUGUUGGAAAUGUAAUUUAUAUAUGGCCACCAACUAGGAAAUGGGUAACAUAAGAAGCGAGUCUCAUAUCGGUCAAUUGUCAUUGAAAUGAUAAUUGGAUAAUACAUUUGUUAAUUUUUACUCGAGACUUUUUGUCACGGAGGAAUUGGUAGAGGAAUUUAAGCAUGUUACCAGUUAUUUUCCAUUUUAAGUACUAGCGCAAUGACAUUUUUUCACCAGACUCAUAUCUUAGGCCUUAUUAUUGUUAUUAUUAUUAUUUUUAUUUGUUUAUUAAUGAAAUGUAAGUUGGUGUUAUAAUGUUUGAUUAUAUUAUUAUUGCCAUAUUGAUGUUUAUAACCCAAUUUUAAAUAUUAAAAGUGUUAUAUUUAUGUAUGUUGACACGUAUAUUAUAGGUAAUAUGAAAUAAUCUUAAUACCUUUAAACUGCAUUACCGUACUUUUGCCACAAGAAAAAGAUAAAUAUUACUGUUA